UUGUAAUAAAAUAAAGUACCGUCGGUGUCCACCAGGCGGCGACAGUCAAAUCUUAAACAGUUAAAUGUUUCCGGGUUGUCCCUGUGACGCAGCUGUAAACAAUAACAUGAGGACAGCUGAAGUUGCGUAACGUCUCUUUAUUUAACGGUGCACCGGUUAACACGUUAGUGUUUCUCCGUGUUUCCGUCUUCAUGUUGUUCCUCCGGACAGCGGCUCUCAGCCGCAGAGGUCUGACCGCUCUGCGCUGCCUGCCCGCCGGCUACACCGCCUGCAGAGCCGCCGCUGCUACAUACAUCCAGGGCCAGAGCCCGGAGCCUCGUAUCCGAGAAUACUUCUACUACAUCGACCACCAAGGACAGCUGUUCCUCGAUGACACCAAAGUGAAGAACUUUGUCACCUGUUUCAAAGAUAAACAGUUCCUGGUCUUCUUCUUCAGUCGGCUGAAGUCGAAUCAGAGCGGUCGCUAUGAGGAGGACUUCCCCUUCUUGUCCCUGUGUGGCAGGGAGAGGAACUUCCUGCGCUGCGACGACCGUCCUGUGGUCUUCACCCACCUGCUGCAGAGUCCCGCUGGGCUGAAGGGGGUCAUGGAGGGUCAGGAGCUGCUGUCGUACUGCGGCGGGGCGGAGAAGCUGUGCGUCCCGUUCCGCCCGGAGGCGCUGUUCAUGCACCCCGUCAGUGGACGAGUUUACCACCCCUGCUCGGAGCGCGGAGGGGGGGUCGGCCUCAUCAGGUCGGCUCUGGCCAUCGAGCUCAGCCCGUUCUUUGUUUAUGCUCCAGAGGACGGUCAAUCAGGACAGCCCACACACUUCCUCUGGGGGGGUCACAAGCACAAACUGACCAAUGAGCUCGCAGGAAGCCUCCCCACUGUGGAGGAGGGCAACGGUCAGCAGGGAGAACUGGGAUAAUGAGCAGAACUGGUCAAAGGUGUACUGUAGAAAAUACUGUAGAGGGAAAGGAUGAACAGCUGUGAUCACAGAGUGAUUUUACUGUUUGAAGCCUGCGCUGAUGUGUGCUCCUAUCUUAAUUAUAUGACGAGUGAGAAGGAGUUGAUUGGCUUUUUGAUUCCCUGGAAUAACCUGAAUCACAUUUAUGGUUCUGAAGAACUUUCCAGGGUGAAGGAUUAACACUCAGAAGGUGUCACCUCACAACAUGUUAGACUAUAUCUGUCAUCCUGGAGUGGUUGAGAGACAGAAAGAGGCUGAAAGCUGCUUUUAACAUUGGGACAGAUUCAUGGUGUCUGCAGAGAUUUAGUCACACGCAAUUCAGAUUAAAUGUUAAUGAACUCAAACCCACAACACUCCCACUCUCUCCUUUGCUGUAUUCAGAUACGCUGUGUGUCAGCUUGUCUAUGUUAGAAAAACAACCACAUUUUGAGGAUGAUUUAAAAAA